UGAUAUUGAAGGUAGUUUCACUUUUUACGCAAUACUUACGAAGGAAUUAGAUUGAUUAUAUUUAAUUACAAUGGACUUACAAGACAAAAUGACCAUCUUAAACCACAUUCAAGAAAACAAAAACAUUCUUUUUGGCAAAUUUUCUGACAAAUUAACACACGCUAUCAAAAUUAACAAAUGGAAAGAGAUAACACAAAAUUUAAACGAUUUAGGGAUAAUGGAAAAAGAUUGGAAGUAUUUAAGAGACACUAUGUGGCAGAAUUGGAAAAGACGUACAAUGGAAAAAAGAGACAAUCGCUUUAAAACGGGUUCAGGAGGAGGAAAAAAAAUGAAAUAUGAUGCCAGUGAUGACUUAAUCAUAACCAUUAUUGGUAAGGAGUCCCCAGUCAUAAACGGAAUAGAUUGUGCUGAAUCUUCCGGUUCAAGUGCUCCACAAUCAGCUGAAUUAUUUUCCGUAGAAACUGAGUGUAAUUUAGAAAAAGAUGUUGCUCAAAGCCCAAAGGUUUUACCAACACCUAUAAAAAAAAAGUUAGCAUCUACCAGAUCAUCGGAAGGGGAAAAAAUAUCUAAUGAGAUAUUACAAUUGAAGAAACGGAAACUUGAAUUAGAAAUUGCAAAGUUGGAAAGAGAAAACUACAAAUUGGACUUAGAAUUAAUGAAACUUGAAAAAGAGUUAAAUGUUACAAGACCCUCCAAAUUCACAUUGCCUUUGUAUAUGCAAGAUGACAACAUUAUUCAAAUUAAUUUGGUAAACGAGCCUUCAGAAACAAUGACUGAGAGCACAGAAAGUAUUGUCACGUCUGAAUAGUUUAAUUAGUAUAGAAAUUAUACAUAGUUUAAUCUGUGGUGUCCUAAUUGACAGAUUAAAGGCCACGAGUUUCUAAAAGUAGGUAUAAGGUAGUAGGUAUAAGGGAUUGGAGGUACAACCCGAUAAGUUGAGAAUUUUUUUUAUUGAAAUAGAAAUUUCUUGUAGUUUACAAUGUAGUUCUAAUUUCAAAAACCAUUCUGUCGACGUAUCGGGUUACCGCCCAACCCUCC